GUACUUUUAUCCUGUGCAUCUCAUCUACCUUUACCCGGGCUGUAGCAUAAAUGGAUUUUGACCUUCUUGGAGAUGAUACAGAUGCUGGAGGCACCUCGCCAGGGCAUGGUACCUCUGCUGCAGUGGGAGCAGCAGCAUCAGCGUCGCCGAUAGAAGACCUGCUGAUGCUUGAUGGUGGCGACGACGCUUUGAACACGAACCAUCCUCCAGUAAUGCAACACCAGCAGCUCACGGCGUCACUUGAGAACCAUGGUGGUUUGCGAACUACCAGCAAUGAUGAUUUCGGUGAUUUUACGCAGAGCGAGGCCACCAACGUUUGGGCUGACUCGAAGCCUGCCGCAGGGGCAGCCAAAAGAGUACAAACUGAUGUCAUGGCCAGCGGCAAAGAGGAUGACGACGACUUUGGGGACUUCAUUGACGUGACCAACGAUGAAGCUGUAAAUUCCGAGGAUUUAUCCCUGGAGUCAGCACCAGCACCAGAACCAGUCCAAGCGCAAGCAAACGAGACUAGGCCAGAGAAAGCGGCUGAUUUCCCACCCCUUCAACCUGCGACGGCCGACAGCUCACUGCCUGGAAUCAUCCCUCCACCACCAGCACCCAUGAACCCCAGCAAAAAUAGCGACGCGUCUCUGUCCAAUAUAGCAGGUACUGUGGCAGGCAGCCGUGGCCAACGCAGCAGAGCAGCAUCGUGGAAAUCAACCAGCGCAAUCCAGGACCCUGCUAACCCGCUCGAUCUCGCAUCAGAGCAGAUAUUGGACUGGCUGGAAGCGCCCAGCUCCAUAGCUGUUGGGCAGGACGACACAUAUACUCUGGAUGAUAUUGAUGCAAUUACCCAUCGGUUAGAUAUACUGGUCCCAGACUCUGCCGAUGAAGCAGCAGUUGGAGGCACUGUGACAGCCUGCUCAGAGCCAUCGCUUGAUCCAUGGAUAGCCAGUGUCAGCAGCAAAAGCCCAACACAUCCAGGCCCAUUCCCUCGGAAGCCAGACAGCAAUCCCUCACACAAGCUGUGGGAUAUUAUCUGGCCACAACCAGCACCCCAGGCUGAGCUUAUUCAUGGUCUGGACGUGGAUCGUGGCGACCUGGUCCAAGCAUAUCUGCGGCUUGUUGACCUCUCCAAGAAGCAGUGAACCGCUGUAAUUUUUUAUAUGAACGCUUUUUAUUUUCUUCUCCAUUAGUUCAAAUUGUUAGGGUGAUGCUAAAAACCACAUACCAA